CUGAAAUUUCCAUUUAACAUCAGUCAAUCAGUCAACAACUAAUCGUCCUCUGUGGGCACCUCCUGCUCCCUUUUCCUCUUCUUCCCUGCCCUCGUGCGGCUGGCCACACCCUCCUCAUCCGCCCUGUCCUUGGCCUUGGCCGCCUCGGCCUCGAGCUUCAAUGAACGCACCUUCUCCCGCGCCCACUCCCUAUACUCAACUGCCAUCUCAAUGGCCCUAUCUAUAUCCUCUCUGUCAGCAGAUAACACCGGGGAUUUCUUGAAGAAUUUGUAGACCCCACCGUGCUUGAGCCUGCACACAAUGUGGACCCUGAAAGGCGUGGUGUUAUGGGCAGCAUACAAGUGCUUCCUGUCCGGCCAGCCGAGCUCAUCCUUGGGGCAGUCCAACUCGUCUCUGGGGGACAACAGGUUCAGCCGCCCAUUCACCGCGUCCUUCACCUUCUCGUCCUCCUCCAGGCUGGCGAAUACGUAAUCUGACAU